AUGGAAACGGAAGCGGUUGUCCGUACCGUCGCCGGCGUUGACUGUUUUGUCUCACUUCCUCGUCAACUACUCCACUCGCUUCAAUCCACCAGCUCGUCUCCUCUCCCUCCGCUUCUCCCUGUCGAGCUCCGCUCCGGUGACCGCCGUUGGUCAGUUGCUUGGUCCGGCUCUAGCUCCUCCUCUUCUGCGAUCGAGGUCGCUAGAGUGUUUGCGGAAAGCAUUUCGUUACCUGAUGGUACAGUUGUUCAGGUUCGAGUUCUCUCUAAUGUGCCCAAGGCUACUUUAGUAACAGUCGAACCAGAUACUGAAGAUGAUUGGGAAGUUCUUGAGCUCAAUGCAGAACUUGCCGAGGCAGCUAUACUUAGUCAGGUGAGGAUACUACACGAGACCAUGAAAUUCCCUUUGUGGUUGCAUGACAGAACCGUGAUAAGAUUUGCUGUGGUUUCAACAUUUCCACCAAAAGGGGUGGUACAACUUGUGCCAGGAACUGAAGUGGCUGUGGCUCCUAAGAGACGUGAAAGAAAUCUCAAUUCAAAACAGUGUUCUGAUGCUGUUGCUUUGGAUAAAGAAUGUAACAAUGUGAAAGUUCUGUUACGUGUACAAGACUCCGGUAGAUCAGCCUUUCAUGAAGCUGAUAUCAAAGGAUUUGAUGUAACGGUGGCCCUCACUUCCAUUGCCUAUAUUCAUCCGGAAACUGCUCAGAGAUACUCGCUAGAAUCUCUUCAACUGGUUUCGGUGUUCCCUAGAACACCUUUGAAAGGUAGUGCAAAGAAGGACGAAGCCUUAAAUAUGAAAAACAGCGAAGCUUCAAAGAUGGUCGAGAAUGGCACUCCUACCGCGAAGAAAGAGGCCCGUCGAGCAGUUCUUCGUCUUGUCUUUUCAGAUUUAGCUGCUAAAGGACAUCUAAUGAUGGUCGAGUCUCUUCGUCUCUAUCUAGGAGUAGGUCUUCACUCAUGGGUUUACUUAAAGGGGUGCAAUGUGAAUGUGAACAAAGAAAUUCCUCCUCUUUCGCUUUCUCCAUGCGUCUUCAAGAUUUCUGAAAAAGAGAAGGUGGAUAGAGGUACUGAUAUGCUUGGCAAUCACAGUUCUAAUAGAAAAAGCAGUCAUCCACUUUCUGGCUUGACCACCAGUGUGGAUGUUGUGGACUGGUCUCUGCAUGAUAAGGUUGUUACGGCUCUUUUAUCCGAGGGUAUGCAUAUCAAAGGAGAUCAAGAUAAUGCCUAUCAACUUAACAAUAAGAAAGGAUUGGAAUGCCUUACUCGCCUGUGGUCAUUGGCACAGCUUGAUGCAAUUGCGUCAGUCACAGGAGUUGAUGUUAGUUCGUUCAUUGUAGGAAGAGAAACGUUGUUCCAUUUUGAAGUGAGAGGACUUGAUUCGUACAAGUCCAGAGACGGACAGCCAUCUGUUAAUGAUCGUUUGGAAACUGGGAAGAAGGACAGAAAUGUUCCUUUGGAAGUUUUGUACGCAAUGACAGUCUCUGACGAGUCUUUGCUUGGUGAUAAGUUUGUUCUGUAUGAGCUUAAGUUGGAUAAAGGUGAGAAGAGGGACAGUGUGGUGCAUAUCGAGCCGGUGCUUGAGAAGAUGAAUCUUGGUGAACCUAUACUUUUCUCUUCUGCUAAAGAAAGACAGUGCAAUAAAGGUGUUUCCCCGGAUGUAUCUUCCUUAACGUGGAUGGGCUCAACUGUGUCGGAUGUUAUCCAGAGGAUGGCCGUGAUGUUGUCUCCGGAAGCUGGAAUGUGGUUUAGCAAGUUCAAUAUUCCGUCCCCUGGACAUAUUCUCAUAUAUGGGCCUCCUGGUUCUGGAAAGACAAUCUUAGCAAGAGCUGCUGCAAAGUACUUUGAAGAACAGAAAGACUUAUUGGCACAUGUGAUUCUGGUUUCCUGUUCUGCACUUGCCUUGGAGAAAGUUCAACACAUCCGUCAAGUCCUUUCUAGUGUAAUAGCUGAAGGCUUGGAGCAUGCCCCAUCCGUCAUCAUUUUGGAUGAUCUCGAUAGCAUUAUCUCAUCAUCUUCAGAUAACGAAGGAACUCAAGCUUCGAAUGCGAUCACAAUGCUUACAAAAUUCCUUACAGAUGUUAUAGAUGAUUAUGGGGAAUACAGGAAUAUCUCUUGUGGAAUUGGUCCACUUGCAUUUGUUGCUUCUGUCCAGUCUCUAGAACAAAUACCGCAGACAUUGAGCUCUUCAGGAAGAUUUGACUUCCAUGUGCAACUAGCUGCUCCUGCUACCUCAGAACGUGGGGCCAUAUUGAAGCAUGAGAUACAAAAACGCCUUUUAGAGUGUUCGGAAGACAUAUUGCUCGACUUAGCUGCCAAAUGUGAAGGAUAUGAUGCUUAUGACCUGGAAAUAUUGGUUGAUAGAGCUGUUCAUGCUGCCAUUGGCCGGCAUCUACCUUGUGAAUCAAAUAUUUCCAAAUAUACUUUGGUCAAAGAAGACUUUACUCGAGCUAUGCAUGAAUUUGUGCCUGUUGCCAUGCGUGACAUCACAAAAUCUGCAUCUGAAGGUGGUCGUUCGGGGUGGGAAGAUGUUGGAGGUGUGACUGAUAUUAAAAAUGCUAUUAAAGAGAUGAUUGAGUUGCCAUCAAGAUUUCCGAAAAUCUUUGCAAAGUCUCCUCUGCGUUUGAGAUCGAAUGUUCUCUUAUAUGGUCCACCUGGUUGUGGGAAGACUCACAUAGUUGGUGCAGCUGCUGCAGCGUGCUCCCUACGGUUUAUUUCAGUGAAGGGGCCUGAGCUAUUAAACAAGUACAUUGGUGCUUCUGAACAAGCUGUCCGUGAUAUAUUUUCCAAGGCAGCAGCCGCAGCACCAUGUCUACUCUUUUUUGAUGAAUUCGAUUCAAUUGCUCCCAAGAGAGGACAUGACAAUACCGGAGUAACUGAUCGAGUUGUUAAUCAAUUCCUGACAGAGCUGGAUGGAGUUGAAGUUCUAACCGGAGUCUUUGUAUUUGCUGCAACGAGUAGGCCAGAUCUACUUGAUCCUGCGCUCCUAAGGCCUGGCCGGCUUGAUCGUCUUCUUAUGUGCGACUUUCCAUCCCCACCGGAGCGAUUGGAGAUUCUUACAGUUCUUUCUAGAAAGCUUCCGAUGGCUGAUGAUAUCGAGCUAGAUCCUAUAGCUCAGAUGACUGAAGGCUUUAGUGGAGCUGAUCUUCAAGCUCUUCUCUCAGACGCGCAGCUUGCAGCUGUUCACGAGUUUCUGAACAAAGAAGAUAAACCAGAGCCCGGAACUACUCCGAUAAUAACCGAUCCCCUUCUGAAAUCAAUCGCUUCUAAGACUAAACCUUCGGUUUCGGAAACAGAGAAGCAAAAGCUUUAUGACAUAUAUGGCCAGUUCCUAGAUUCAAGAAAAUCGUCAAGAGAAGCGAAGGGCAAAAGAGCAACCUUAGCAUAG